AUGAGUGAUGACACAGAACAAUAUGACAUAAUGGGAGAUGACACAGAACAAAAUGACAUAAUGAGAGAUGACACAGAACAAUAUGACAUAAUGAGUGAUGACACAGUACAAUAUGACAUAAUGAGUGAUGACACAGAACAAUAUGACAUAAUGAGAGAUGAAACAGAACAAUAUGACAUAAUGAGAGAUCGCAUAGAACAAUAUGACAUAAUGUGUGAUGACACAGAACAAUAUGACAUAAUGAGUGAUGACACAGAACAAUAUGACAUAAUGAGAGAUCGCAUAGAACAAUAUGACAUAAUGUGUGAUGACACAGAACAAUAUGACAUAAUGAGUGAUGACACAGAACAAUAUGACAUAAUGAGAGAUGACAUAGAACAAUAUGACAUAAUGAGAGAUGACAUAGAACAAUAUGACAUAAUGUGUGAUGACACAGAACAAUAUGACAUAAUGAGUGAUGACACAGAACAAUAUGACAUAAUGAGAGAUGACAUAGAACAAUAUGACAUAAUGUGUGAUGACACAGAACAAUAUGACAUAAUGAGUGAUGACACAGAACAAUAUGACAUAAUGAGAGAUGACACAGAACAAUAUGACAUAAUGAGAGAUGACAAAGAACAAUAUGACAUAAUGAGUGAUGACACAGAACAAUAUGACAUAAUGAGAGAAGACAUAGAACAAUAUGACAUAAUGUGUGAUGACGUACGUAGAACAAUAUACUUAUGA